AUGAAACUUUAUGAGUAUAAAACUCCUGAAAUUUUAUCCCAACUCUAUAGCGUCAAUAAAUUGUGGGACUUUAAUAUAGUUGGACAAGAAAUAUGGUUGAACAUAUACAGGAAUGGAGAUAGUUUAUAUUGGGUAUCGGAUAACUCCAAACUGACUAAGUACUUAUUUCUUGAUAACAAAACAUCUUUGAAGACUGACACAGUGGCUUUAACGAUGUACGUAGGGGCUGAUUUGGAGAAAAGUUACUGGAAUGAACAGAGUUCAGCUACUGACAUAACCCUCUGCCAAAAAUCUCAAAAACCUGUCUUAAACAGAACAUUUAGAUCAACUUUGUACAAUGACAACAACGACAACUACUUCAACGUUGGUUGCAACAACCAACCAAGUAUAACUCUCAGUAGCAACAACAACGAAAGAGACGCUGCGUAUGAGUAUGCUGAUCCAAGCAAAACAACUGAACAUCAAUACCGUGUUCGGUUAGGAAGUUAUCUCGAAUUCGAACCAAAUAAUUCUGGUUAUUUUACAAUAAAAUAUUCAAGAAAGAGAAAGAGAGAGGAAAAGAAGAAGAAAGAGAAAGAAAUAGAAAGACAGGGCAAGAAAAAAUACAAAAGAUCAACACAACAACUCAAUGGCGGAAUGAUGAAGACAACGGCAGAUAAAAUGCACUCUGGGAUGACUUUAAAUGCCCCUUUUUAUGGAAGCCCCUUCUGGGAAGACCCCGGAGAAGCAGUCCCAUCUGCCCUUGUUUUAUCCGCCCUGCCUGCUCGCCCAUAG